AUGCCAGAAAUUCAGUUGGGUUCUCACACUGUAAGAUCUCAUGGAGUAAAGGUAUUGAGGAUUCAUAUGCAUGACUGGCUGAUUCUACUGGUUCUUGCGGCGACAGAUCUGGGUUUGAACUUGAUAGAACCUUUUCACCGCUUUGUUGGAGAGGACAUGAUGACAGACCUGAAAUACCCAUUGAAAGACAAUACAGUUCCCUUCUGGGGUGUUCCAAUAAUUGCAGUACUGUUGCCACUUGCUGUCAUUCUUGUUUACUACUUCAUCCGAAAGGAUGUCUAUGAUCUGCACCACGCCAUUUUAGGCCUUCUAUUUUCCAUCUUUAUAACCGCUGUUUUAACUGACGCAAUCAAAGAUGGUGUUGGUCGACCUCGUCCAGACUUCUUUUGGCGUUGUUUCCCUGAUGGCAAAGGGGUGUUUGAUCCAAUCACAAAGAAUGUCAUGUGUACUGGAAGCAAGAGUGUCAUUAAGGAAGGACACAAAAGCUUCCCCAGCGGGCAUACUUCAUGGUCCUUUGCAGGUCUUAGUUUCAUUGCAUGGUAUCUAUCAGGGAAAGUUAGGGUGUUUGAUCGUAGGGGACAUGUUGCAAAGCUCUGUAUUGUCCUUCUACCAUUACUUCUUGCGGCAAUGGUAGCAGUUUCUCGAGUUGAUGACUAUUGGCAUCAUUGGCAAGAUGUUUUUGCCGGCGGGCUUAUAGGAAUCACCAUUGCUUCAUUUUGUUACCUGCAAUUCUUUCCACCUCCGUAUGACACAGACGGUUGGGGACCUCAUGCGUACUUUCAGAUGCUGGCAGAGUCUCAAAAUCGUGAUGAGGCCUUGUCUCCCAAUGCCAAUAGUCUCAGUGUGCAGCAAACAGAGCUUGAGAGUAUAUACAUCCAGUCUCAGCAUGGUGUUGAAACAUCACGAGGCUAUAGUGGAGACACAAACCCCAUUCUGAAUGGGCGGGAAAGUGGGAGACACUUGAGUGUAGGCUGA